AUGGCAGCCACCAAUACUCACAGUAAUUAUUAUGCAGACAGCAUGUACAACAUGUACCACCAUGCCACCCACCUGCCACCCACCUACUACGACAACAGCCACAGCAGCAGUAGCUACUAUCAGGCCAACUCAAUGGCUGGCACAGGAGCAGUCGCCGCCAGCUGGCAGCCAGCGAGCUAUCAGGCCAACAGUUAUCCACAGUACAGUCAGGAGAGCUACAGCGAGAGCUGUUACUAUUCCAACUAUCAGGAGUUGAUGCCACAGCCCGCGCCAGUUGAUGCACUGCCUCAGUAUCAGGCUCCCGUGGAGACUACAGCGUGCGCAGCGGCUGCAGUGAAGAGCAAGAAACGCAAGGCCGAGGACACAGCCGCCGAUAUCAUUGCCGCCGUCGAGGAACGUCCCAGCACACUGCGCGCCCUGCUCACGAAUCCCGUGAAGAAGCUGAAGUACACACCCGACUAUUUCUACACCACACUCGAGCACGUGAAGAAGGAGAGCGGCAAGAGCAGCUCCACUGGGGAGCAGUCGCCAUGCUACGAGCAGGACUAUGCGGUGCCCACACCCUCCACACAGCAGACACACAUGUCGCCACAGCGCAGCAGCAGCGAGGAUGUCGACUAUCUGGACGUCUAUUCGCCACGCAAGCAGGCCACACCCGCUAACCCCGCCACGCCCGCCAUGCCCGCCACGCCCGCCUCCCUGGUCGGCAUCAGCACGCCACCCCAAUCGCCGGCCGAGAAGGCAGUCAAUCAGCAGCAUGAGAUCAAUCAUCGCAUUGUGACAGCUGCCUCCGCCAGCAACGAAUUCAAUUGGUCGCACAUUGAGGAGACACUCGCAUCAGAUUGCAAAGACUCCAAACGCACGAGGCAAACCUACUCACGCUACCAGACACUCGAGCUGGAGAAGGAGUUCCAUUUCAAUCGUUACAUCACACGCCGUCGUCGUGUGGACAUCGCCAAUGCACUGAGUCUGACCGAGCGACAGAUCAAGAUCUGGUUCCAGAAUCGACGCAUGAAGUCCAAGAAGGAUCGCACACUGGAAGCCUCACCCGAGCACUGCAACAGCUCUGGCUCUGGCUAUGGCAUGUUGAUGCCACCGCUAGAUGCCACCAGCAGUGUGUCACCACUUGCACAGUCCCUGCCACAGUCCCUGCCACAGUCCGUGCCACAGCCACACCCACAAUCAGCCAUGCCCUAUGCAGCGUAUCCCGCUUAUUUGGCCAACUCACAGCAGAGCUAUGAUUACCCGCAGCAGUCGCCGCCGCUGCCUCUGUCGCUGUCGCUGCCACCGCCGCCGCCUGCGCACUUUGGGCAACAGUACGAGGCACAGUACACACCGCAAUAUCAUCAACAGUCGCAGCAGCAACAUCAGCAGUGCAGCUACCAGCAACAACAACAGCAACAACAGGAACUGAGCACCUCCAACCAAGCGCUCUAUCAUCUGCCUCUUCCCUAA